AUGCUGUUUGUCAGGAACACAGCCAUGGAGACGGAUGGAGAGCAGAACCAGCAGGGGGCCUCAACCAAUGGGAGCGCUCCGUCUGGGACCAGCUCCCGCCCCUCUCCCAUGAACUCAAUGUCUCUUUACGAAAGACAGGCUGUGCAGGCCCUGCAGGCGUUACAGAGGCAGCCCAAUGCAGCUCAGUACUUCCAGCAGCUGAUGCUGCAGCAGCAGAUCAACAACGCCCAGCUGCAGAACCUGGCCGCUGUGCAACAGGCCACUCUGGCUGCCAGUCGUCAGUCAAGUCCUUCCAGCAGCAGCUCGUCUCAGACCACCAGCACCACAGCUGCCAGUGUAACAUCUGGAGCAGGGUCCACAACCAGCAGCCGUCCUAUGGGCGCCUCGGCAACAUCCACAAUCAGCCAGUCGGUGCUGCUGAGUGGGACAGCAGGAGGGCAGGGACAAAUGUACCUGAGGGUUAACCGCUCCCUGAGGGCCCCCAUCUCCUCACAGCUCAUCUUCAUGCCCGGCAGCACGGCAACUGCUGCCGUGGCAACCGUCACCCAGCAGCCACAGGCUCAGCAACAGCAGCAAGAGGUGACUCCAACCUCCUCCUCCAGCGGCCAAUCAGACAAUGAUCAGGUGCAGAAUCUAGCCAUGCGAGGUGUGUCCAGUCCCAAAGGUGUCGGUGUUAAGACUGAAGCCCCAGAGAGGAGUGACUCAGCUGCCUACUCUCUGGUUCAGCCCUCCCACCAGUCAAACCCUCAGUCUCCCGCCAAGCCAAGCCAGCCUCAGCCCCAGCCCCCCCACAUCAAAAUCCCCACGUACCCUCAGCCCACCAACCUCAAAGCCCACCCCUCCUCUUCCUCUGUUGCCUCCUCCUCCUCCUCUUCCUCCAACUCCUCCAUCCCUCUCUCCCAGCUGCUGCUCCACGGGACCCGGACCCUCACCACAGGAACCACAGCUCCCACAGCAGCACACACCCUGGUCCUAACGUCCAAUGCGGCAUCACAGCCGCACGGGUACCCAGUUGGCACGGCGACCAUCAAACCGGCUGUCAAUGCUCAGACUCUGGUGGUACAGCCUCUACAGAAGACCUCACUCAGCGCCGAGAAAUCAGGCCACGGCAACGGACCCAUCCCCAUCCAACCUAAAACUCUGCAGGGGCUUCGUCUGCCCCUCCAGCUGCCUUCUAGGAACCCCCCUCCCAUCCUGCCUGCCCCACCACCAUCCAGCAGCUCUGCCCAGCCUGCCCAGCCCCCUCAGCCACCACACAUCCCAGUCCAGAUUGUGGGGGCAAGGCAGAGCACACUGGGAAACGCCCAGGCUCUGGCUCUGGCCCGGAGCAGCUGCAGCCAGGACGGAGCCGCCGUCCUCACCAGCUCUUCCAGCCUGCUCACCAUGGUGGCUUCCAUCGCUUCCAGGGAGGGCGGGGUCGUGGGCCGAGGGGUGGGGCUAAAGGCGCUUCAGUCACCGCAGGAGGCUCCCCCGUUGGCUCAGGUCUCUCAAGUGCACCCCCAGGCCAAUCAGAGCUCUGGACAGAGUCAGAACGGACCCAUAGCUUCAAGCCCUGCCUCCUCCCAAUCCCCCACCGUUUCCUCUCCCCCCACCUCGCUGUCUCGUUCCUCCCUCUCCCUCCCUCUAGUAACUGAAGAGCAGAGAGGAGCGUCAGUGGGUGUCACCACCAAUGGAGACUCAUCAGGAAGUCAGACACCACAGGGAAAGCAGAUGACUGGUUCGCUGAAAAGGAAAUCAGAUUCAAACUCAGCCAAUGAUGCAGAUGGCCCCUCCCCCCCACGGAUCCAGCCUGUCAGAGAUCACUCCUCUGUUCUCCCAACCAAUCCCAUUGAAGCAGUCUCUGCUGCUCCUCCUCCAGCCCCGCCCUCUCCCUCCCCAGUCCUGUCAGUGUCCCGUGGUGUAUGUGGUCAGGGGGAGAGAGCUCCUCCCCCUCAAGCUGUAGUUAAACCUCAUGUCCUAACACACCUCAUAGAGGGCUUCGUCAUCCAGGAAGGGGCAGAGCCUUUCCCUGUAUGUGGUCCAGUGAAGGACUCAGCUGGUGAGGAUUUAACCAAUGACAGUCCGGACACUAACCAAUCAGAGGCGGUUACCACUGCAACAGUGCUUAAGUGUGAGUACUGUAAAAACUUUGCUCCUGCCAGCCAGUUCAGAGGCACCAAAAGGUUCUGCUCCAUGACUUGUGCCAAGAGGUACAACGUCAGCUUCAGGCAGCACUUCUGCGUGCGGCAGGGUCAUAGCCAGGGUCAAGGUCAGGAUCACCCUCCAGAUCAGGAUCAAGGCCAGGGUCACCUCUCCAACUCGGACGAGGAGGGAGGAAUCGCCAGGCGGAGGGUUCCCCGCAGGACCAGCUCAGAAAUAGCCAGUGCCAAGAUAGCAGGGAGACCCAUACCUGUCAAGUGCCGUUCAGAGUCCAGCCAUUCAGAUGAGGAGUCCAGUGGGGAGGAGGAUGAAGACGACCCCAUGUCCCUCUCGCCGGCGUCCUCGGCCUCCUGCCACCAGCCGCCUCCCCCGCUCCCGACGGAGAGCUCCGCACCCGGCUGCCUGCCUGCGAUCCCCGCCCAGUGGAGUGUGGAGGAAGUGUCACACUUUAUUUCUUCGCUACAAGGCUGUGAGGAGCUCGCCUCCCAGUUCCUGUCGCAGGAGAUUGACGGACAGGCACUGCUGCUGCUGAAGGAGGAGCACCUCAUGUCCACCAUGAACAUCAAGCUAGGUCCUGCCCUCAAGAUCUGUGCCCACAUUAACAAUCUGAGAGACUGAUGUCUCCAUAAAUCCACUCCAUGUUCAAAGUCAAGCCCUGGGCAUUUACCCCAAACUCUUGUCCUGCAUCCAGUUCAGAUAUAGAACUGGUUCCAGAGCGGUCAGAGUCCUUGCAGGUGAAUGUAUGAGGUACAGUCUGUUUCCAAAACAAACAAACUUGAAUCUGUUGUUGACCAUGUUUUUUAAAGGUCGUAUUUGCACAGGAGUAUUCUGAAUUCCUUACAAAUCUGUCAUGUCUGUCAGUUGCAAAAAAUACUACAGAUUACAAACUAUAUUUUGGUGAAGUUACAUGUUGUUUCUGUGCAAAAUCAGCACUUGCAGGCAGAAAUAGUUUUUACCAAGUGAUUACAUUUUCGUUUGUCACUCUUUAAAUUUUAAACCUGUCUUGUAAAAUGCAGAAAUGGAGGUUUUUGAAUGUAUUUUCAGUGCAGAGAUCAACUGUAUUGAGUUCAAUGAGUAAAUGAGGAUAAGAUUAAAUCUACAGUACUCUUACAGGAUUCCCGCAUUUUACAAGUUGCUGCUCUUUCUACAGACUUUGACCCAGGCUUUUGUUACAUCUCAUAUUCCAAGUUGAGCUCAGCUAAACAAACAGAACACUGAAGAAUCACACAGAAGAAUGCACAAUUGUUUCAUUCAUGGUGCAGGAAAAGUGUUCUUUAAAAUAUUCUCCCCUCUUUAUUGGUGAUUGUAGUUUAACACUUUAACGUGUUUGAUUACAGCUCUUCACCUGGUUUAAGCCACAGUCAGCACAGGAUUCAGACAGAAAGACGUAUAAGAUUUAAAGAAUUCAGUCAAUAUCUCAAGAUUACAUCUGAUUUUAUUUUGAAAAAGUAUUUUGUAAGGAAAGCACUCGGAUGAUUUUGACCUUUAAUGUCAUGUAUGUAAUAAAAAAAACUAGUACUUUCAACAUCAUAAUCACUUUGUUAAAAAAUAGGCAUCAUCAUUUGUAAAUGAUGGCACUUUUAUUUUGAAAGUGGCCUAUUCUCUAACUUACAGGGUAUAUAGUGAAGAGUACAGGGUACUGGCUGCAGAGAUGCCAGACCAGAGUCCAAAUAAAACCCAAACCCCUCGAGGUUCAGAGAGCAUUUUAUAUCUCAAAAUACUGAUGUUACAUCUGUUUUCUCACAUCUGUAUUACACACAGAGCACAGCAGCAGUAGACAAAACUCUACUCGAAAUGCUUUUUCACUCAGUAUCUUAAGGGGAUCCAGCCUUUUCAAGUUUUUUCUUAACAGAGGACUCAUUGUUGACUCUUAAAAAGGACUGAAAUCUGCAAAAUCUGUGACUGUUUUGUUCUGUUAGGCAGUUUGACAGAUUUGAAACGGUACAACCAGCUGCUUGUUGCGGCAUGCGUACGAGUGACGGGUAACGUCACGGGCUUGAUUUUGUGUAGUGACAUAAAGUUUAAAAGAAAAAGCUGAAAGAGAUGAAGGAUGAUAGAAGUUGUUCAUAUGAAGUAACUUUAAAGGUCCCAUAUUUUAACCUUUUCCAGUGUUGUAUUUGCAGUGUUGA